AACAACCCCAGCAGUAGCCCGCCCACACAAUGGUCCGUCUGUGCUGCAUUCCGAUUUGUCCCAACUCGAAGGCGGACCGUGGCGUCGUUUGCUUUCCGUUUCCGACGGCGGAUGCCGAACAGCGAAACAAGUGGAUCGAUUUUGUCGACGGGAAUCCGACCAAGUUCCGCUGGAGGGCCAAGUACAUCUGCGCGGAACAUUUCAUGCAGAUGGAACUGUUGGAAGUCAACGGCCAGAAGACGCUGAUGGAGGGAGCGGUUCCAAUGGUUUACUCUCCGGAUGACGACGAAGCCGAUGAACUGAUGGAUCGAAACGAUGUAAUGAUAUCGGAAGAACCAGCAAAACCUUUAUCCAAAAGCAAUUCUAGUGCAAUCACUACGGAGAGCGCAACGGCCGAAGCGGGUCCGUCGACGGAAGCGCCAGUUUUGCUUCGAUCGCUGUUCUGCCGGAUGUGUCUCAAGAAAGGGCUUGGGUUGAUCCCGUUCAACUCGAAGCUGCACAAUGCCAACUUGGUGGAUAUCAUUUUCACCGUUGCGGGUCUCCGGGUGGACAUUGAUGGAGACCUUCCGACGAAGAUCUGCGCCGAUUGUGUGGGGAAGGCCGAUUUGGCCUUCAACGUUCGGAUGGAAUUUCUUCACCACGAGCGAAUUUUGCAGAAUUUAAUCAGUAGCAAUCAACUGCAGGCACACUAUGAGUCUUACGAUAACCAUCGGCAGGAGACGAGAAGUUUGAAUAAAGUUUACCUAAAUAAUCUAAUGGAUAACAUCAAACAGGAAGUGAUCAACGAAGAACCGGUAAUGACUGUCGAUUCUAACGGCAGCGUAACAUCGAUUCUAAAAGAGGAAAUGUUCAUCGAUGAAUCGAUUCCGGAAGGAACCGAGAUUGAAGUGCUAGAGGAAUAUGAGGAAGAACAUCUCUACGAUGAGGAAGAUUCAUCACUGGCAGACGUUCAUGCAGCAGAACCGGAAGUCAAAAGCCAACCUGCAGCCAGUGAGCAGCGACCCAUUCCUGUCAACGUGAACAACAAAUUGAACAAUCAGUUAAAUGUGGAAGUCGAGCCGGAUUCGGAAGAGGAACCGGAACCCAAACCAAAGUAUGUUUACUCGUGGAAGGAGCUGUACAAACCGAAACCCGGCAUUGUUAAGAAGCCUCAGUACAAAAUUCUCGAAUAUCGACCGAAGCCGAAGCUAGUUCCGCACACGUGCUACGUCUGUGAUACCGCUAACGAAGAUGCGGACGCGUUGGAGGUCCACAUGGAGCAGCACGUAAGCAUUCUCCCGUACCGGUGCGAACAGUGCAGUACCGAGCAAAAGCCGCAGGUGCUCAAAACACUGAUCAGCCUGAACCGGCAUCUGAUGACCCAUCUCUACGCCUAUCCGUGCGACUAUUGUCCGCUGCGGUUUCUGACCCAGGCGUCGUACAUCGAGCACAUGAAGAGUCAGCACGAAGCGGGUGAUGCCGACGGGUUUGCGUGCGAUUACUGCGGACAGUUCUUCCGAAAAAAGCGCCAAUUCUAUCAUCAUUUGGCCAAGCACAAAGCACUGGAGCACGGAAAAUACAAAUGCGAACAUUGCGGGAAAGCCUUCGGCAGUGGUGCCCUGCUAAAGCGACACCUACGGAUCCACACCGGCGAGAUGCCAUUCGAGUGCAAGAAGUGCGGCAAAAAGUUCAACCACGAGGCCAACUUCCAGAACCACAAACGACUGCACAUCGGCGAGCGGGCCCACGUGUGCGAUGACUGCGGUAAAACUUUUCACAACGGUACUAGCUUACGCUACCACAAGGCAGAACACUACCCGGAUGAUCCGCAGUACCGGCCGGCACCAAUGACCACCCAGCGCCCACGGUAUAAUACGUCCUCCACUCGGAGAGCGCACAUCCGGACAGAUCCAUCCUCCGGUACCAAGUACUAUAUCUGCGAGUUCGAAAACUGCACCUACGAAACGCAUCAGUACCGGACGUUCUUCUACCAUCGGUCGAUGCACCUGAAGAAGUUCAAAUGCGACAUCUGCGAGAAACGGUUCCCGCUGAAGUGCACGCUGACCAAGCACAUUGAAACGGUGCACGAGGGAAAGACCGCCGAGAGGAACCUGGCUUGUCCGUAUUGCGCCAAGCUGUUCAACUGUAAGCAGAAGCUGAACCUACACGUGGACAUCCACGAGGACAACCGACGGCACAAGUGCCAGUACUGCGAUAAGGCCUUUGUUCAGAAGGCGAACUGUAUGGCCCACGAGCGAAUCCAUACCGGCGAGCGGCCUUAUGUUUGCCAGAUAUGCCCGGCGGCAUUUAUUACUUCUUCCGGGAGGAAGAAGCACGAGCAAACGCAUGCGGAACUGGGCCAGUCGCAUGGCCUGACCGAGGAGCAGGACGACUCGAAGGAGGCCUUCCUGGAGGAAGACGAAGAGGAGUACUACGAAGAAGAGGUGGACGACAUGGAAGACGGGGAGGAGCUUGUGGAGUAUGCUCCAUUGUAAAUGGUGGUUCGGCGAAUCUGUGAGUAGAUAGAAUGUAAAUUCCGGUAAUUGUUAAGCUUAUUGUGUGGCGCUAUUAGGACAUAAAAAACAGUGUUAUGGCAUUAGAAGAAUAUGGUGUAU